AUGGCUGUACAGUUGGACGGCGGGGGGAAAGAGGAUUUAAAAACACAAUUUGUCACGAGGGAAGGUACAUAUAAACUGAUGACAUUGUCCGAAUAUUCACGUCCUAAUCGUGUAGGCAACACGGACACGAGAGGUAGUGCAUCAGUCAGGGUAUCAUUUGUUACUUUGCCGGAUCCAGCCGACCCCACGGGGACACAAGGACUUGGUGAUCGAAUGUGCUUUAAUUUCGGAAAGGAAUUAUUUGUUUAUGUUUACCGGGGUGUUAAAAAGGCGGUGGAUCUGAAUAAGCCAGUUGAUAAAAAAUUAUACAAAGGAACAAACCCAACGUGUCAUAAUUUCAAUCAAACAACAGCAACAGCUGAUACAGCACCAUUGCUAGUGGGAUUUUCAACCGGACAAAUUCAACUUAUCGAUCCGAUAAAAAAAGAGUUAAAUAAAUUGUACAAUGAAGAGAGGCUUAUUGACAAAACAAAAGUAACGUGUAUAAAGUGGGUACCGGGAUCGAGCAAUUUAUUUUUGGUAUCCCACAGUUCUGGUCAACUUUAUCUCUACAAUUGGGAACUUCCUUGCGGUACAACCUCACCGCAUUAUCAGCCAUUUAAAUCCGGCGAUGGGUACGCUAUUCAUACAUGUAAAACAAAAUCAACGAGAAACCCACUCUACAGAUGGGUAAUUGGCGCUGAGGGAUGCUGUAUAAAUGAAUUUGCCUUCAGUCCAUGUGGUACCAAUUUAGCAGUUGUAUCACAAGAUGGUUUUCUCCGUGUAUUUCACUACGACACAAUGGAGCUGGUCGGUUCAGCACGCAGUUACUUUGGAGGUUUCUUGUGUGUAUGCUGGUCACCAGACGGACGUUACGUCGUUGUGGGAGGUGAAGAUGAUUUAGUAACAAUCUGGAGCUUUCAUGAGAAACGUGUUGUUGCACGUGGCCAGGGUCACCACAGUUGGGUCAGUGUUGUCGCAUUCGAUCCAUUCACCACGUGUUACGGCGAAGCUGACGGUGAUUUUAGUGGAUCAGAUGACGAAGCGAUGCAGCAGCAACAUCAACACAAUAACCACAAUCAUUUCAACGAUAAAUCGAACAGACUGUCAACAACGUCACAGGGAGUUCACUCAAACCGAAAUUCAUGUAGUUCUGAAUUACGUGUGCCUGGUGGUACGUGCUAUCGGCUUGGUAGUGUUUCUGAGGACACUCAAUUAUGUUUGUGGGAUAUAACUGAGGACGUAUUGAGGCAGCCGGUGUGUGCCAAGCAAAGAGUAUCGGCUGCUGGCUCCGGUACACUCUCAUCAUCUGGUACUUUGAGCAGUGGUAAUGGUGCGACCUCUAAUCACGUUACGAACAAUACUAAAUUUAAUAAUAUAAAUAAUGUAAGUUUUAACAAAGAUAGCACGGGUAGUCAUAAUAAUUCAGACAGUAGUACGAAUAAUAGCAGCACAAAUACAGCUGUAUCAACGGUUAAUUCAUUAACUCAAAGAUUUGCUGGUCUUGGUUUUGGAGAACGUAAUAAGGGUGAUAAUCAUAAGAGAAAUUUUAGUCUGACGAUGAGAUCCAGUAGCACAAGUAAUAAUAGUAAUACAGUGGUUAACAGUGGCGAUAACAAUAAAGCUAGUAGUAAUAAUACAAAUACAAGUAAUUUAAAUAGUGUCGGUGGUAACAGUAUAGGCGGUAGUAAUAAAAAAGCUAGUUUUGUGAUGGACGAUCCAAUGCGAUUGAUUGGAACUGCAUGGUGUCCUCGAUUUGACGAGUGUCCAGUAUUGGAGCCACUUGUGUGUAAAAAAUUAGCACACGAACGAUUGACUGAAUUAGUAUUUAGGGAAGAUUGUUUCGUCACUGCGUGCCAGGAUGGAUAUGUUUACACGUGGGCAAGACCUGGUCAACAGCACAUGGUAAGCAGCACCUUGCACAGACCACACCAUCAUAGUAAUUUACUCACAAAUAUUAAUUCCAUGCGACUUAAUGAUCUCUGA